UUUGGUCCGCUUAUUUACGGAUGGUCUAUUCAUUCUUCUCGCGGCUUCUUUGGCGUUUCUUGUUCGCAUUUAAAGCACGUGCUUCAAAAACAUUCAUUGUUUUCAUUUUUCAUGAUCUUUUUUUUUUUGGUCAUAAAAUUCCAUCAAAUUUCUCAUUAAAUAAUCAUUAGCUUGUUAGUCAUUAAUUUGUUAUUAAAUAUCGAAUAUAUAAUGGAUAUUGAUAUAAAGAACAUCGCUAUUAAUGGAGAAUCGCAAGUAAAAAUGGCUUGUUCGAAUUGUGGUUGCAGUGAAUUGAUACCUCUUAAUGACAGUGUCAAAGCUGAUGAAAUGACAUCUAAAGAUUAUUAUUUUGAUUCAUAUGGACAUUAUGGAAUUCAUGAAGAGAUGCUUAAGGAUGAAGUCAGAACAAAAGCAUAUAAAAACGCUGUCAUGAUGAAUAGACAUUUAUUUAAAAAUAAAGUUGUUCUGGAUGUUGGCUGUGGAACGGCAAUCUUAUGUAUGUUUGCCAUCAAAGCCGGUGCAAAACAUGCCAUUGGAAUCGAAUGCAGUUCAAUUAUUGAUGUAGCAAAACAAAUCAUUGCCGACAAUAACAUGUCAGACAAAAUUACCUUGAUCAAAGGUAAAGCAGAAGAAAUUGAAUUGCCAGCCGAAUAUCCUAAAGUAGACAUUAUCAUAUCCGAAUGGAUGGGAUAUUGUCUAUUUUAUGAAUUAAUGUUGAGUACGGUGAUUUUUGCUCGGGACAAGUGGCUGGUUCCAAAUGGUAUGAUAUUUCCCGACAGAGCUCGCCUGUAUAUUACAGCCAUUGAAGAUCAUCAGUACAAAGAUGAAAAGAUAAACUGGUGGGAUAAUGUUUAUGGCUUUAACAUGAGCGCGGUUCGUAAUCUUGUGAUUAGCGAACCAUUAGUCGAUCUAGUUGAACCAAAUCAAAUUGUGACUAAUUAUUAUAAAGUAAAAGAAGUUGACCUUUAUACGGUCACUAUUGAUGAUCUCACAUUUGAAUCAAAUUUCAGUCUUAUCGCAAAACGUAGCGAUCACAUCCAUGCAUUGGUAACAUUCUUCUCUGUAGAAUUUAGCAAAUGUCUCAAAACUAUUGGAUUUUCCACUUCACCCGAACAUCGUACAACACAUUGGAAACAAACCAUCUUUUAUAUUGAUGAUUACAUGACCAUUGCAAAUGGAGAAGAAAUUGUCGGAACAUUUUACAUGGCUCCGAAUCUCAAAAAUAGACGUGAUAUGGAUAUCAAAAUACACGUUGAUCAUCGUGGUGAAUUGGAACAAUACAAUAAUAGUUUCCUGUAUAAAAUGCGCUAAAUUUUUUGAAAUACUGAAAAGGCCCACAGUGUCUUUUAUCACGAAUUUAUAGAUGGGGUUUUUUGUUUAUUUUGUGAAAUUAAUAAUA